GCGUUUUGUGACGUAACGGAAUGUGACGCAUCAGAGGCACUCUACGUUAAAUAUCUUUUCAUUCUGAAAACACUUCACUUCAAGAAGAGAACCAAAGCAGAUCGUCCUUUUUUGAGUUUUCAGUCCAAAAAAGCUUUUAAAAAUGUCUCAGUCCAAUAAGCAAAUGAAGAGAAAUAUCUCCAUCUCAAUUGACAACGUGGAGGACAUAAUACUACCUCGUUUGAACACUUUAUCACCGGCACAGUGGACCGUGCUGUCACAAGGUCUGAAGGAUUCACAUAUUACAGGGGUUCUGGGUGACAUUCUUACCAACAUUUUUCAGCAAUGUGUGGAAAAUUCAUUGAAAAUCCUGAUUCCAAUGAUUGAAGAGAAUAUGGAGGCCUGUGCAAUGACUGAUGAAAAAAUCAGUGUGCAUUUAAACAGUUUGAUUACAGCAGACAUGGCCAACGUUCUCCAGGUUUCAACAGAUAUUUGUCACAGUGGGAAGGAGUUAAACUCAUUGAUGGAAGAGGAGGUCUCUCAAAAGGUUACUUCUAUUGCAAAUGUGAUCAGAAGGACCCCCGUUUAUCCCGUGGAACCUGCCGUGUAUGUGAGUGGCCACUUUUCCAACCUAAGAAAUCUCAACAAAAUGAUUUCCAACACAGUUACAUUUUUCCGAAAACAUCUUAACAGAGCCAGAUCAAGUUGUGCUGACAGAUACUGGAGUAGAUUCAUGAAGAAAAAGAAAGCCUCAAGUCUGCCUCCACCAAAACCAGAGACUGCAUUUGAACUUCCAGAGGAAAGUGUUUCUGCAGUUGUAACAUCUCCCUUUUUUCUGGCCUCAGUUGGUGAGGGAAUUACAGAAAUAAUAGAGAAACAUUCAGAUGAUUUAUACGAUGCCAAAAAAGCAGACGAUGUUACAGAAUUUUGCCCGUCAGUAGAUCCUUUCAAAACAAUUCAAGUGGCAGAAGCAAUUAGCCAAAGUAUCAUUGAGGACCUUCAUUUCUGCAAAUCCGGAGGUUCAGUUAGACAGAAAGAUGAGAAAAGUUCAUGCACGCCACAUUUUAACUUGAAAAAAAUUGUUGGUGAUAUCAGAAGCCUAUUUUCAUCAAAGCUCAAAACCGCUCCAGCUGGAAGACAACAAAUAACCAGCAAACCAGAAUUUUCCAGCUUUGCCAAGCAGCGGUUCAGCAGUAUGGUGUCUUCGUUGGAGAAAUCAUUGGAUUCAAGUGACACAAAGGUGGUCAAACUGAAACAUGACCCAGGUAGAUCAAGCAGACUCAUGUGCUUCAUGUGUCCUGGAUGCGUUCCUGAGUUUUCAUCAGAUGAGGAAAGCCCAAAAUAUCGAGACUACACAGAGACAGACCACAUUCCUAAACUGGAUUUUCAGUCUAUCAAACCUCAGAUUGACAGCCUGUGUGCAGAAUCUACAGGAAACCAAUUUCUAAAUGACAAGAUCAAACAGUUUGCAAAGGAACUGACAGAUAAAUUAUACGUUCAAAUCAUGAGGAGCCAUUAUUAUCAAAUUCCUGUUCCUCCAGAAGGAAAAUGUCUUUCAGAUUCUGUCCUCUCUAGCAAGAAAGUAAGGGAUGCUUCUGGCCAGAUACAAGUUUGCCCCGAAGUCUUCUAUGCCAGAGCAGAAGACGAGGUAAGGACAUUUCUCCAAAGCAUCUUUCUGUGGAUAAAGAAUGAAGAAACUUAUCAAAUAGGUGAAGAAGAUAAAGUUUCCAGCGUGCUCUCAGAGAUCGACAAUCUGGUUAAACAAAUAUGUGUCACAUCGACCCAAAUAAUGUCUCCAGAGCCCUGUGAGCCACAAAAUGAAAAGGACAGUAAACCAAAUAUUUCAACGGAAUUCGCAGACCAGUCUAAAUAUGAUGAAACAGACCAGUCUAAAUAUGAUGAAGCAGACCAGUCUAAAUAUGAUGAAGCAGACCAGUCUAAAUAUGAUGAAGCCGACCAGUCUAAAUAUGAUGAAGCAGACCAAGUCUCUUUAAUGUCUCACACUGAUUCCUUGAUUGUGACACGUGAAAGAUUUCUCAAAAAAAUGUCAACCAGCGAUGGGUUUACAGCAUCAGGGAAUAUUUAUUCCAGUUGUAAUGAUGAAAUUCAAACUAACAUGUCAAAUCAGGAGCCAAUUGAAAAUGACGUGUCUGAGAACACAGAACUAGAGGAAGGUAUGGCAUUUUUUGUAAUGAGUGCAGUUUUAAACUGUUCAAAGAAAAAUGGCGGGCCCCUUAGGUCCAAAGAGAUGGGAAAGAUCCUGUGUUAUCUGUCAGGAGUGGAUGAUGUAGAAAAAGACUUUACUGUCAAUAUAUACAAUGAAAACACUAAACAACUUGUUAGAGAAAUCACCAAAGAUCUAAAAAACGAGUUUGGCUCCACUGAAGCGGUGUUGAAGGCUAUGAUGUCAGAAUAUGGCCGUCCUUUUAAGAGUGCUGUAUUGAGAUGUUUAAAAAGUUACUUUAACAUAAAACCCCCCAAAUCUGCAGUUCAAAGGUUCUUUUCAGCAAUCAGAAAACCUUUUAGGAAUCUUUUUCGAAAGCAGAGAGGAUCUUCUUCCUCCCUGUAGAUUACAGACCACAAACAUACACAAUCUCUGGCAUCCUUCUGCAAAACAAACCAUUAACAUUUUAGUAAUAGCUAAAAUAACUUUUUAUAUGUGUGGAAAUAAUUUGGCAUUUGAUAACAUAGACUAAACAAAUUUCAGGAAUAACUCCUAUUAGCAUAAUAUUUUCUAGGUCAGGGCAACAAGGGUAAAAAUCCCAGCCUACCUUUAAUAUUUGGAGUCUUUCACUUUGGGUUUUCGCCGGGUGCUCCGGUUUUUCCUAUUAAAAACCAUUCAUGUAAUUUUAUUGGAAUGUUACCUGUAAAGGACCUUACUAAUAUGUUCUGUACAUUAAACUGGUUCAUAAGUGUUUAUUAUUCUGCUAUGCUAUUUGAAAGGCUUAGAACAGCAAGGAGCCGCAAACGGUUCAGCAGCAACGGCGCAGAUUCCUGUGUGCACAGAGAUGUGCUCCACGGUUGAAUAAGAAAAGGAUAUUGCUAAGGUGUAAAUCCAAGCUGCAAAUGGGUUCUUAGCACCUGGUCGAGGAGGGAACAAGGUUGGUAUUGGUGUUUAGUUGUGAAAAUGUGUAUUUAGUUAUAUUUUAUGAAGCAUACAGGUUGCUACUAAGUGUAGCAGUUACGUCUUUUCCCAAUAGAGGGUGCUCAUGUUCUCUGGUAAGUUAUGCUUAGCAAUUUAAAGGUUUCAAUGUUAUAUGCUGUGUAAAGUCACAGGCGGUUGCAACAUGGUGUAUCUUGUUUUAUUUCACAGUAAAAUAUAGAAGGCAAUAUUAAAGGAUUAAAGGCACAUACUGUUUGAGUUAUUUUUAAGUUUAUAAAAGUAUACUUUAAGUAUACUGUUACAAGAUCAUUUUAAGUUUACCAAAUUAUACAUUAAAGUAUGCAAGUACACUCAUCUAUAUACUACUAUAUACUUGUAAGUUCGCUUAGCAUAUUACUUAUAGCAUACUAUUUAUAUACAGAAUUACACUUCUUAAAGUAUUCUUAAAAUUGACCCAUAAUGUAUGUACACAUCACUGCGAUGUUUACAAAAUCACAAGACAAAAUCUUGAGAACUUUCAUUUAUUUAUAUAACAUUUUAAAACAUAACGUCCAGUGUUUUUGCAAUUACCUGCCUAAAUGAAUAAAGGUGUGCAGUUCAAAAACAAAAAGUCUCUAUGAAAUGAAGCCCUGCUUUAAAAAUGUAAAGGAAAAGGUGCACAUUUGCAUAUAAAAAUGUAAACACUAUGAAAUCCUUCUCUGUAAAAAAUGGAACAUGAAAAAGUGUGCAUAUGCUUUUAAAAGUGUAAACAAAAUAGUGUCUCCAACUGAGAACUGAACUCAUGCCUUGUCAAAAGAAGGUAAAAGAAAAGUGCACAUCUUUGGAACAAAAAAUAAAUAUCUUGACAGAAACAAAAACGCUACUUUUAUGACUUCUUUUCAUGUAGUUGCUUGACAUAGUUUAUAUUGUUGCAUUUCUUUCUUAUGAUUCGUCUCACAUCUUGCAUGGUGGUGUCUAGGAACUUCGCCUGGGCAUAGACUGUGCUUUACUUGAAUUAAUUAUUAGAAAAUACCUCUCAUGGCAUGUAGUAUCUCUUCCACAUGGUCUUCUUUCAGGGUCUUGAUUUCGGUCUGAAGCUUUUUAAGUUUCUGCUGUGCCACACACCAGUUUCUGGGCAGCUGCUCCUCAUCUGAUGACGCCUCAUUUGACUUACUUAACUACACAGAAACACAUCAAAGAAUGAGCCUCCUACAUGGCAGCAAAAUUUACGCCAUAAUUAUUAUCAACUCAAUGUACAACAAUUAAAAUAUAGUCAAAUAUUUUACCUCCAAAGGUGCUUUGCUUGCCAGCUGCUUCUUCAGCUCAUCUAUCAUAUGGUUUGCUGAUUAUUUUUCUGUCAAAAUUAUAAUUCAGUUUUGUGUUUUUAUAACAGACAUGUAAUAGCAUCACUGUUGAUGAUUUGGUACUAGUUGCAGAAUAAACUGCACCACUGAUUCAGAAAUGUGUAAAUAAAAAAGAAAAGUCACGUAAGUUAUGGACUUGACCAAUCAUUAAAUGUAUUUAAUUAUCUGGUGAUACUAAUCAGGCUUUAAGAAACUCAGAUAGUCUUAGUAUUGUGCCAAGUUCAUGUAACUGAUAACAAGAACAUAUUUUUUUUAAUAAUUUUAAUGUUUACAAAAAAAGGAAUUACUAAGAUUGGCAUAAUUAUCUAACAGUGGGUAAAAACAGGAGAGUUAAUUUCUUUACAAGUUUUAUGCACACCAAAAAUGAUAAAGGAAUGUCACUUCUGUUCUGAAUGACAGUAAACAGGUGUCAUACGAGGUUAUUUAUCCAGACAGUUACCUUUUGUGUUUGAACUUCAUAAUCCUCCUCUUCCACAUCUUUCCACUUGCUGUUCGGCUUCCUCUUCCUCUUGAGUGCUUCUUACCAGAUGUCUUCACAGAACUACAGAACAACAUACAAGAUCACAUGAGUCAGCCUAUUGCUUCCCACAGAAAAGUUAGAGAUGGCAACAGUAGGAGCUCCUCCACAUCUAGACUUUUGGAUCCUUCCUUUCAACAGAAUGUCAGGCAUGAUGAUAACAUUAACACCGAUGGUCACAUGAGUAACUCUUCAACCAAUGGAGAGGAAGAAGUCAACAAUUCAAGCAGUGAAGAUGAAUUCAAUAAUGAGAACUCUCCCACAACUACCCUGAUGGACAAGGGCUUACAAGAGAUUGUAUACAUAUUGUUGUUUUCCAACUAGCUGGAGCUGAGAAGUUUUUCCGGACGUUUUGCUUGGAUUUAGGAGCUGCAGGGCCGGACCGGGCUCGUGGGCCGGGGUGGACCGUUGGACUGGAGUUGGAGCGGUUCUGUUGCCGUUCAUUGAGGACUGGUAAUCCCUGGUGGGGUGAAUGAUCGGUUCCGUGUGGUUGUGCUGGGAGCCGCCAUCAUUGGGGCUGCUAUUCUGCGGACGUAUCUAACUAAGUCCUAUCAGGCCUGCAACGGUUAUAAAGCUAAGGGACUGUCUUAUUCCUGCAAGAGACUCAAUACGUCAAGUUUCAUCAAUUCAUUUAACGGCCUUUUUGUUUUUGUAAGUUUUUCCAGUUUGAAAGGAUUUUUGUGUAGUUCUGUGACCGUGAGGUUUCACUCAAUGUGCUUCUUAUGUUCUCACUGAUCCAUUGGGAUUUUGAGAUUCAUUUGUUAUUGCACUAGUUGUGAUUAUUACCUACUUUACAGGUGGGAUACCUCCUAAUGCUAUUGUUCUAUUAAUAAUAACAUUACUGCGUUGAAAGUGAACUAUUAAAUGUUAAAGUGCAUUGUUCUGGGUUCCUUUUACUGACCAGUACGGUUCAUUAAAUUGGUACUUUACUCAA